UUUGAUACAAAAAUUCUUGUGUUUUAAUUUUUAUUAUUUAUUUUCUGCAUCUUAUUUGUUUUCUCUUUUAUUGACAAAACCAUAUAAAACACUCAGAAAUUAUGAAAUCACAAAAUUAAUCAUAAACUUUUUACCAAAUCUUGUCCAAAUAUUAAAUAGGAUCUCUGGUCAACUCAAUUUAUCUUUGCAAAUUAGAGAUCAUUUUUCUAUAAUUACAUCUGCUAAUACCUAUUAAAAGUCGAGAUAAAUUGUAACAAUAUAUUUAUAUAUCAAUUCACUCAUUUAUGAAAAAAAAAAUAAUAAAAAAACUUAUAAAACUAUUUGCAUUCGCGUAGCGCAUUAGCGUUCGUCAUUAAAAUUAUGUAACUCCGCUGAUAUUGCUAAGUGCUAACAGUACUCACUUUGAUGUGGAGAGAGAAUAAAUGGAAUGACAAAGCAAGCGCAUAGAAGUGAAAUUUUAAGUAGCAGUUAAAUGUACAGUAGAUGAAAGAUUGGCAUAAAUAUCUACAGAUAUACCACAAUGGUUAAACAAUAUUUUCUAGGUCCGUUGAUACAUACAGGUGAUAACGGAAGAUUGAUUAUUGAGAAGCACGUUGGUAUAGUUGUUGAGGAUGGCAAGAUUGUCAGUGUGCUGAAUAUUGAGGAUAAUCCCCCAUUGAAUCGCCAGACGCUAGAUCACGCCAUCAAAGAUGAUCAUAUAAAAGAAGUUACAAUUCUAUCACAUGGGCAGUUCAUAAUACCUGGAUUUAUCGAUUGCCAUACUCAUGCGGUUCAGUUUCCAAAUCUUGGAUUGGGUUACAAUAAGUGUCUCCUAGAUUGGUUGGAGACUUAUACUUUUCCACUAGAGAAAGAGUAUGCCGAUACAAAAUUCGCAGAUCGAGUGUUUGAUGCCGUUGUGAAAAGAACCAUUAGCGUGGGCACAACAACGGCGUGUUACUUUGCAUCUUUGUAUACUGAAGCGUCUGUGAUACUUGCAGACAAAACUGCAAAGCUGGGUCAACGAGCUUUCAUCGGAAAAGUGAACAUGAACGUUCCGCGUGACGAUGGGUACUACGAAAGCACUGAGAAAUCAAUUAAAGAUACUACAGUUCUGAUAAACUAUAUUGAGCGAAAUUGGAAUCCGCUUGUAAAACCGAUUAUUACGCCAAGAUUUGCGUUGAGUUGUGAUAUGGAAUUAAUGCAAGAAUUGGCUAAAAUUGCUAAGGGAAAAGGCUUACAUAUACAGAGUCAUAUUUCUGAAAAUAAAGCCGAAAUAGCAGCAGUGGAACAAACUUUUCCAGAUCAACCUUCAUACACGGCAGUCUAUGAUGCUGCAGGCCUUCUUACCAAUAAGACAAUAUUAGCGCACGGAAUUCAUCUUACAGAUAGCGAACUUGUCAUUCUCAAAGCGCGAGGAGCAGCUGUAAUUCAUUGUCCCUCUUCGAACUUGUAUCUAAAAAGCGGUCUUUGCGAUGUGCAGAAACUAAAGGCUAAUGGUAUCAAAGUUGGACUUGGAACAGAUGUUUCAGGGGGAGCCAGUUACAGUAUAUUGGAUGAAAUGAGAGCAGCUUUACAAGUAUCAAAUUGUCUGUCUUUGAUGAAAGAAAAUUAUAAGCCACUCAGUUAUAAAGAUGUCUUCUAUAUGGCAACAUUAGGAGGUGCUAAAGCACUCUCAAUUGAAAGCAAAGUUGGCAAUUUGGUGCCAGGCAAAGAUUUCGAUGCUCUCAUUAUUGACAUGAACUCGAAAGGCAGCCUGUUGGAUAAUUUUAAAGAAUAUACACUCGAGGAGAACUUCCAAAGAUUUAUAUAUUCCGGUGAUGAACGUAAUAUUGUGGCUGUAUAUGUAAACGGUAGCAAAGUUAAAUAGAAACAAACUUCUCAUUAUUACAAUAUUUUUAUCUGAUUUAUAUUUGAUUAUAUUUUUAUAAUAUUCUACAAGCUGUUAAAUAAAAGUAUAUUUUUUGCUUUUGUACAUUACUUGUACGUUAUUUUACAUAGUAUAAUAAAUUCAUAUAUGGAAACAAAAA